AUGUGCACAUGUGCAAGAGUUACAUCAUCAGUGGCCAUCCAGUGGCGAAAAAGGAAAGCUGUGGGACCCAGAAGAAGUGGCGGAGGAGAUGGCAGCAUUGUCAGACAGAGCAGCAAUUGGAGCCUGGACCUGUCACCGCUGGUGGUGUGUCAUUAUGGGAGCAGAAAGAAGAGGCCCCACCAGCUGGAAGUAAACAUCCUGCGGGACUCAGUGCGAGAACUAGAUAACUAUAGUUAUGUGAAGAGGGAGUGUGGGGUAGAUGAACUCAGUGGGUUAUUGAGUAACAACAACAAACAGAUAAAUAGCAGAAUUCUUCAGCUUGUCUCCAGUAUCCUCUUCCUAGCCACCAUGGUUACACAUCUUCCUCUCCUGGGACUCAUCUCAGUGCUAUGUACGAUACAUUGGCCAGCUUCGGUAUCAGGGAAUGUAAGGCCUCUAAGAGAAACUGGUGCCCCACCACCAAUAGACUGCCUGCUGAGCUCCUGGGGCGAAUGGACUGAGUGUGAGCCAUGUACAAAACAAAGGUAUCGCUCUCGGAGUAUUGUGAAGUUUGGCCAGUUUGGUGGGAAACCUUGUCUGAGCAAUUUAGGAGAAGUCAAGCAAUGUGUAUCGGAUAAACACUGCGAGGAGAAACCAAUCGACUGUGGCAACGAUUUCCAGUGCGAAAAUGGAAGGUGUAUAAAGCAGAGGCUGAAGUGUAAUGUUGACAAUGACUGUGGUGAUUUUUCUGAUGAAGAGUGUGAGGACAGAGACCCCAAACCUGUCUGUCGUCCUGAUGUCCUGGAACUGUCUGAGCCAGCCAGAACAUCAGGAAGCGGAAUCAAUAUUCUUGGAAUGGACACAAGGGCAAACCCUUUUGACAAUGAAAAUUUUAAUGGACUUUGUAGUCGAGUCCGUGAUAGUUCCACAAGAACAUAUUAUCGCUUGCCAUGGAAUUCCGCAAGUUUUAUUUAUCGGACUGUAGCUGACAAGUCUUUCACAUCAGAAACGUACUCUGACUCUGCUUCUGUGGUGGAAAAGGUUUUGACGGAGAGCACAGAAAGCUUUGAGGCAUCAUUGUCCUUCAAACUCACGCCAACUGAACUAAACAAAAAUGGUGGUGACAAAAACGCUGCAGGAGAUAAGGCUGUUGCCGAGAGUGUUGGAGUAGAUAAGGGUGCUGUCAAAGAGGCUGGAGCAGGUCAAGAUGGUGGCCAAGGUGGCCAAAUUUCCGUUGGUGGAGAAAUUGGAAUCAAUAAGACAAAAAAAGAAAGUAUUACACAGCUCAAGGAGUACAAAUUAGAUCAGAACAAGAAAUUCUUGCGGAUAUCAGGAAAUGUAGAGCUGGCAAUGUUUCAGAUGAGGACUCGGGGUUCUGUUCUGUCCCAAACUUUUAUUGAUGAUGUGAACAACCUGCCAUCUUUUUAUGAAAAGGCAGAAUAUUUUUCCAUUCUGGAAAUGUACGGCACCCAUUUCGCAGUCGCUGGAAGCGUUGGUGGCAAAUAUGACCUUGUCUAUGUACUGGAUUCUACAGUUUUAAAAACAAAAGAUAUCACCACAGCAGAAGUAGAAGAAUGUCUGGGAUACAAUCUAGGCUUAACGGUGGAUGGACCUGGACUGGAAGGCGCACCAGGUAAAUCCGGUAUCAUUGACAAAAUAAUUUCUUUCGUUGAGGGAGGCACACCAGCUUUUGCCGCAAAACUUAAUGCUAAACUCCAGCAUGAUGAAAAAAUCGACAUAGAUGAUUUUGUGGCUUGGGCUGCUUCCUUAGGAGACAAUCCUGUGGUCUUGAAGCCGAAGACAUCACCAAUUUAUACUUUGAUCCCCAUUGACAUGAAGGAGGCUUACACCAAGAAGCAACACUUGGAAAAAGCCAUUCAUGACUACAUUGAGGAAUACAGCACAUGCAAAUGUCAGCCAUGCAGGAAUGGCGGUACUUUGCUUGUGGUAGACGGUGAAUGUUGGUGCAAGUGUCCUGACCGAUUUACAGGUGUGGCCUGCCAGACAUCAAAGUCUGCCCUAUAUGAGAAACCCUCUACAGCCAUCGAUGGACACUGGAGCUGCUGGAGUGACUCUUCUUCCUGUGUAAAAGAAGAGAAGAACCAAACACGUCAGUGCAAUAACCCAGGCCCUCAGAAUGGCGGUAAGACGUGUGGUGGAGACAGCAGCAGGAAAAUAUUGUGCUGAGCUGAAGAAGAAGACAUGUUAUGAAAGAAAUUGUAUCAUUGUCUGUCUGUAGUGAUCAUCUCAUUGUAUAUGUAGUAUCUGUGUAACAUAACAAGGAAGAAGGAAAGUAAAUGCAUAGCUAACC